AUGUCCAUUAUUGUUAACGGUAGUCCAAUGCAAGAUUUUUCGGUUACAAGAGGUUUAAGGCAAGAAGAUCCUCUCUCCCCUCUUCCUUUUUUGUUGGUGGCGGAGGAAUUAAUGGGUAUGGUGAAGUUAGCUUCUUCUUUAGGUGAUUUUAAAGGUUUUUGUUUGGAUGAGCAUAAUCAUUUUGAGAUUCUUCAAUUUGCCAAUGAUACGAUUUUGAUUGGAGAGGACUCUUGGAACAAUCUUUGGACUUUUAAGGUCAUUCUUAGAGGUUUUGAACUUGUUUCGGGAUUGCGUGUUAAUUUGAACAAGAGUCGACUUUUUGGUGUGAAUCUUGAUCCGGAUUUUAUUCAAGUCGGGUCCUCUUUUCUUAAUUGUGAGAUUGGUUCAUCCUCUUUUGUGUUUCUUGGUAUAUCGGUUGGAAUUAAUCUGAGACGAUGUGAUGUGGGGAGACCUUUAGUUUCCAAAUUAAGAAGACGAAUCGGAAGUUGGCAAAAUAAACAACUUUCGAUUGGCGGGAAGGUUGUUUUGUUGAACUCCAUUUUAUCUAGUAUCCCAAUUUUCUUCUUCUCUUUUUAUAAGGCUCCUAAGUCCAUCAUUAAGGAGAUUAUAGCGAUUCAACGGUCCUUCCUUUGGGGUGGAGAUGAGGAUAAGAAGAAGAUUAAUUGGAUUAGCUGGGACAAAUUUGAUGUGUGGUUGGGAACAUCAUCUCUCGAAACACUUUUUCCGAAUUUAGUUUCUUUAUCGGAUGAACCUCACUCGAAGGUGGCGGAUAUGGGUAGUUGGAAUGGUCAAAUUUUGGUUUGGUCUAUCGGCAUUCUUUGCGGUCCAAAUGACGAGGCAACAACGUCACAAUUGGUUGAUUUAAUGAAUAUUCUCACUCCGGUUCAGCCUUGCAACUCGCUUGAAGACUCCUUUGUGUGGUGGAGAAAUUCUUCCGAUUUCACGGUUAGUAACGCUUAUGAUACCAUUUUAUUAUUUGAGUUACCGAGACCUUCAUUGGACAAUUCUUUUUCUUUAGCGUUCUCUCGUUUAUGGAAGACGAAGGUUCCUAGUAGAUUUCAUCUUUUUGGUUGGAGGUUGAUUUGGAAUAGACUUCCUACAAAAGCGAAAUUGGAAAAACGUGGAAUUUUAAUUGCUCCUCACUUAUUGGUGUGUCCUUUGUGUUGUCGGGUUAAAGAGGAUUUGAACCAUAUUUUUCUUCAUUGCGACAUUGUUAGAGUUUGGUGGAGUCAUUUUUCUAAUUGGCUUCAUAUAGAUCUUGUUUUCCGGUUGAAACUAUUUUGGAGAGACUUGUUGGUUUGGAUAUGUCUUGUAUAUGUUGAGGAGGAUGGGGUUCGGGAAAGUGUGGAUGAGUUGGAUGGAGGCGGUGGUUUUUUCGAGUAA